AUGGCCACAUACGAGGACGACCACAACAUCACGUUAGCCCCACAGAGACAAGGAGCCGAGGACUCGGGCAGAGAACACCAAUCAUUAUUCAGUGUGCUAAACUCCUUUAUGACACGGGCUCCUCAACCUGCCGCAGCUGAUGGAUCGCAUGAUUUUUCAGCCAUCAGUGGUGCCGAUUCGGCUGCUGUGGACGCAUUGAGAAAUUCGCUCCGGGUGCUCAGCUCGGAGGCUGGGUCUACCUUAGCCCAUGAAUUGAUGGAGCAGUUGGAAAACAACAGUAGUGACUUUACCGGCGACAAGGGUGUCUCAGAUGCGUUCAUCGACGAUAUGGAGAGGGUCAGUGUGAAGGAUUUGAAGUUGAUCAAGACUGCCACCGAUACGUGUGCUAUUUGCACGAAUGAUUUCGGGAACGAUCAGUAUCCUUUGCUUGUUGCCUUACCAACCUGCAAGCACGUGUUUGAUCUCGAGUGUAUUGGUCCGUGGUUGAAGUUCAAUAAGACGUGCCCGUUGUGCCGAAGCGACGUGACGGUCAAGAAGAAGUUGGAAAUUGCCAAGAAUUAUGAGAGCGAGGAAGAGGAGGAGGACUGGGAGAUGUAUGGUUGA